UUUGCCGCUUGGUGCGCUGAUUGUCACGGGGGAGCGUGUGUUUACAUUCGCGCAGAGUGGAAAAAAAGGGUUUCUCUUUGGGGCUUUUUUUAGAGUGAAAAGUGCAAUUAAAAAAGUGAAAAAUGUCCUACCAGAAUUCACCAUACUACUCAGCAAACACCAAUGAAGAUUAUGAGUGUGAAUACGAUCCAGCAUACGAUUUUAUCGAUCAGGAAAAUGACAGUGAAGAAGACACUGAGGAAGCCAGUGAGACAGAUCUGGCACCCCAUCAGCGAAAUCAUGAUGAACCUGUGGAAAUAAAGGAGCAGAUGUACCAGGAUAAAUUGGCGAAUCUCAAGAAGCAAUUGGAGGAAUUGAAAAAUGGUUCACAUCCUGAACUCGUGCGUAGGGUGAAAAAACUUGAGUAUCAGUACAAAGAACGAUUGAGACUCAAUGAAAUCUAUCGGGAUUACCUGGUGGAAUGCGUAGAGAGGGAUUAUAUCCUGGAGAAGAAGGCAGCUGUGAAGGAAUUUGAGGAGAAAAAGACAGAUUUGAAGGAGAAUCUGUUGACGGAUUUUGAGGACAGGCGAAAAAUGAUUGAAUCCGAACACAAUAGCAUGGAAUUGACCAGUGAUUCAAUGGAAGUGAAACCCACGGUUACCAGGAAGCUCAGAAGGCGUCCAAAUGAGCCAAUUCCUGUCGUCGAGAAGCGUCGAAAGCCAACAAAUGGUCAACUUGUGCUGUUGCUCGACGAGAAGGACGUGGAGAAUGAUUUGAAGCUGAUCAGUCGUGGAAAGGCAAUGACACCCAUGAGACCACCAUCUUUGCCCAAUAAUGGCAUUCCCACGAGUCCUGCUUCAUCCUCAUCGUCCUCCAUUCCCGCGUCGCAUCACGAAAGUCCGCCAAUUGUCGAGGCAAAAAUCGAAGAUGGGAAACUCCUGUACGAACGCCGAUGGUUCCAUCGGGGUCAACCGGUCUUUGUCGAGGGCAAGGACUUCCACAGAUUCCCAGCAACAAUUUCAGCCAUUGGAAAUGACACGAUCUGCGUGAAGAAACUCACAGAUGCUGGGAGUAAAUUCAAGAUCAACACAUCCCAUCUGAGUCAGGGAAAGGUGUCCAUCAAACGGAGGGCCAAUUAAUUGGCAAUUUUCCCCUCGAAAACCCUCUUUUUCUCAUUUCCUGCAAAGUUUUUUUUGCAUCUGGCAUUUCAACCCUGAGCUAGGUUCGCUAGGUUAGUACAAUCCCCAAUUUGGGGUUAAAAUGUAUUAUGAAGAAUGCAAAAAUUAAAGUUUUAGGGAAGAAAAGCCCCUCAAUCUUCCCGAAAGAAAGAAA